CCGAACGGAGCCGAAUGUAUCCGGGCGGAGCCGAACGAAAGCAUCAGGGCAUGAGCCGGGCAGGGCCGAUCGCAUCGAGUCGAUCGGUGUUCGAGGUGCGCAUCCCGCCGAGCCUCGCUGUCCGCGCCCGGAGCAGCGCCGCCGAGGAAGGCUCGGUCGCACACGGGCUGCUCUUCUCGCCCCGCAGCUCGCCAUGGCCGCCAAGAAGCUGAUCGUGGUGUUCGGAGCCACCGGGGCGCAGGGUGGCUCGGUGGCGCGGGCGCUGCUGGAGGACGGCGCGUUCGUGGUGCGCGCGGUGACCCGCAGCCCCGGCAGGAAGGAGGCGGUGGAGCUGCGGCGACGGGGCGCACAGCUGGUGUGGGCGGACCAGGACGAUGAGCGGACUCUGGAGGAAGCCCUGGAGGGCGCGUACGGAGCCUUCGUUGUGACCAACUUCUGGGAGCACUGCAGCAAGGAGAAGGAAAUCGCGCAGGGGAAGCGUCUUGCUGACCUGUCGAAGCGCCUGGGUUUGCAGCACGUGGUGUACAGUGGCCUGGAGAACGUGAAGCAGCUGACCAAGGGCCACCUGGAGGUGCUCCACUUCGAUGGCAAAGGAGUGGUGGAGGAAUAUUUCCGUGCAGUCAAUGUGCCCACCACGACCGUCCGACUGCCGUUCUACUUUGAGAAUUUCCUCUCCAGCUUCAAACCCCAGAAGGCCCCGCAGGGAGACAAGUUUUUACUGGGACUGCCCAUGGGGGACACCCCCAUGGAUGGGAUGGCGGUGGAGGAUUUGGGGCCCAUUGUGCUCAGCUUGCUGAAGUCCCCAGAGCAGUACAUAGGCCAAGUGAUUGGGCUCAGCACUGGCAAGCUCACUGUGGCAGAGUAUGCUGCUGCCUUCUCCCAGCAGACAGGCAAGACCGUGGAAGACUCCAAGAUCACCCCAGAGGAGUACGAGAAACUUGGCUUCCCUGGAGCGAAGGAGCUGGCUGAAAUGUUCCGUUUCUACGCCCUGAAGCCAGACCGCAAUGUGGAGCUGACCAUGAAACUCAACCCCAAGGCCCGCACCUUCCAACAGUGGCUGGCAGACAACAAGGCUGCUUUCUGACCUUUUGUUCUCCAGCCAUAGCAGGAUCCUGGCCGUGAGCCAUGCAGCUGACUCUUAGUGCUUGGGGGCUGCCCCACAGGAGCAGCGUGCUGAUGGGAGAGGUGGGAAGAGCUGUGCUGCACCUGUAGCCACCCUGCUUGGUGGAGACUGCUUCCAGACAGGUGGGAGAAGCACUACUUUACACACUAUCUUCAGGGAGGUGUUCAGUGAUUUGGGGUGUUUUCCUGUCUAUGGGGCGGUGGCUUAAUUUCUCAGGGUCACUUUUCCUAGGCAGCUUUAAGCACAGCGUGGUGCACUCAAAUGUCAGCAGCUCUAUGCCCAGAAAAGCAGUGCCUUCUCUUAGACAUUCCAGGUACCCAAAAGCAGCUCUGGUUUCUCCUUGGACCGCGUUCAGGCACCACAGGUGAGCCGGCAGGCAUAGCAGCACACUUGCAGAGAUGGUGCCCUGUGUUAGCAUCACCCUGGCAAAGAGGUGUCCUUAGCCUCGCUGCCAGCACUGAGGGUACUGUGCUGUGUAACCCAGCAGCUGUGCUGCCAGGCUCCUGCCGACAGCCCAAUUCCUCAAGCUAGGCAGCUCUCAGCAGCUGCAGCCUGGCCUCUGGGCUUCCAGGACCAAUUUCAAACACCACCCUCGUUAGCCGAGUAGAACUUCUGCCAGAUGGUCCAACCUUCACAUUUAAGACUCCUUUACAAAGCUUUCCUCACCAUCCCCCCAAAGGCAUCACUUGGAUUAGAGCUCUGGGACAUGGCUGUUGUGCUUAAGA